UUCAUAAAAUGUAAAAGAUUUAUAGUUAAUGUUUUUAGUUGAUUUUAGUGGUGCAUAGAAGUGAGUGUGUGAUCCAACGUUAUAUAGUUUUAUCGUGGGCUCAUUUCCUUUUAAUCAUGGAGUUCAGUGAUGCCCAAAUUGCCAGGCUCGUCUUAGGAUACCUGAAAUCACAAAAUUGUAAAUCAACUUACAAGGACUUUUUAAGAACAUCACCUUACUUCAAGAAUAAAAACUUGCCUGGUAGGGCUAAAUACUUCACUACUAGAGUUUUUGGAUUAUCCCUGAUAGAUUGUUUAAACGAUUAUGCUAAUGUUUAUACUGUGGUACAAGGAAGACUGGAGGAUAUUAGUUAUUUCACAGAGAGUCAAUCUAGGACAACUCUUUUGGAACAAUUGUUACAUUUACUAGACGUAUUAAGUGGCAGCAGAAGUACAACUCCAGUUAGAAAUCGCAGGUCAGAGAGUCCAAUAGAUCAAUCAAGCGAUGUUGAGGCGACUCCAGCUCACAGUUUACCAGGCAAUACCAGUAAUGAAUUCGAUGAUUUCUCCCCAAAAACUAAAACAAAAAGAGAUUCAAGAGGAAGCGGAGUUAAGACGCCAGGAGAUUUGGAUGAUAUUGAUCCAUUAGCUAAGGUGUUAGAAAAUAAAGAGUUGGCGGAAAAACUUGCGAAAACAAUAAAUAUGGUUAGGAAUACACCAGAAAGUGCAAAGAAGACUGAUGAGAGUGUAGGUGCUGGUGCCUACACAGAAGUUGAUAAUACAAUUCAAACAGUACUUAAAAAAACUGAAGAAGAUCCAAUUUUUAAUAAAAUAUUAGACGAAAUAAUAGGUCCUAUAGUGAUAGAUAGAAGUGAAAAAAGUGAUACAUCUGACCAAACAAAUAAAAAUGCUCAAAACACACCAGAACCUGAACCCAACAAGAACAUUAGUAUUGAUCAAAGUGUGGAAGAACAGAAUGACGAAGCAGUACGAUCGAUAAUGGCAGUUAAUUCAAAAACCACAGCUACCACAAAUUCUUUCACAACUACACAACAACAAAGUGAAAUAAUUAUGUACGACGGAUCAAUCGACAACUAUUUAAAAUCCACAUGUCAAAAAACCAGUUUGGCAAUUAAACCAAAAGAAACUUCUUAUGCUACGGCUCCCAAUUACGUUAUGGUUCCAAAUCAAUUUCCAUACGAUCCAACGAAGCAAAUAUAUUUAGUCAAUAAUUCACUGUUGAAUGUUAAUUUGCCGGCGCCCACAGGAAUCACUGAACAAGAUAUUCUCUCAAUGCCCACUGUCAUAGUAAAUGAAGAUCCUAUUUAUCAACAAAAUAUUUUGCCAUAUUCAAUUAUAUCAAAGCCAACUGUUACUGAAGUACAACAACCUCAAUAUAAUGAGUACAUUCGUAUUUAUAAAGGAGAAGAAGAACCGCCUCAACCACCUCCACCACCUAAUCCUCCACAACAAAAAUGUAUAAAAACUAUUUUACCACAAAGGGUUAAGAAGUCAAAUGCGGAGAUACCGGCGAAAACAGCUGAAACAAUCACAACCACUAUAACAGAAUCUUGCGACGGUUCUCAAGUAAAAUCGAAUGAAAUUCCUUCAAAUACUGCGAGUUCACAGAAUCUUCCUGAAAUAAACAGUGUAGAACUGAAGAAGACACCCCGACCUAUGGGAACCGUUAAAAGGGGAACACCUAAAAGUGGUUCUCAUGUAAGGAAUUUAAAUUUUUCAACGCCGCCAAAAUUAACGUCCACAGGUAAAAAAAAUGAUCCUGAAAGUACGGAGAAAUCUCCAUUGUUUGUGCAUAAAAAGCAAGCGGCUAAAACUUUAUUUAAGAAUGAUAAUGAAGACAUAAAACCGCAUAAAAAAGUAAUUGAAAAAAAGCCGAUGACAAAGCAAUGGGAUGCCGAGUUAAGGGCUCUAGUAGCUAACACAGCUGAUGUUAAAUCGGGUACACCCAAAAGAAAACCAAAGCCAGCAGCUAAGAGGAAGGCCAAGAAAAAUGAAACCAAGUUGAACACAACUGAUCAAGAAGCACAACUUCUAGAAGAUGCACUAAAAUCACCUGAAAAUAUGGACAAAAAGGCACCUGAACAAGAAAGUCAAGCUUCUGAUGUACCACAGAGUAAUAAUGAAAUAUUGGAAACAAAAGAUGAGGCGCUUGUUAAAUGUGAGGGAAAUAAACCAGAUCCUCCAGUAACAUCUGUAAUUUCCGACGAUGUAUCAGCUAAACUAAUAUUAUCACCUUCAAAGUUAAACGCGAACAAACGUAAUUUGGUAAAAACUAAAGAAAAUGGUGAAAUCCCUGGUCCCUCUACGUCAACUGAAGAUCACUUGAAGAUGAUUACUCCAGAAACGUCAACUAAACCAGUAGUUCAUUACCCCAUAAGAGCAAAUAGAAAUAUUACCUCUCUUUUAGAAACUCCUAUAAAGAUGGAUACUGUACCAAUAACACCAGGAGCAGGGACUCCUAUAAUAGGUUUUACACCAUUUAAUAAAGUGUUAGAUGACCAACUGCAGGGAAUUGAUAUAACUUCAAUUCAAACCCCUUCUAUUCCGAUAACACCCAGUUUUGCACCACUUGGCCUUGAGUUGACACCAUGUUUUGAUAAUCGCCCUACAGAUUAUUCCGGCUCCAGUUCCUAUUACCAACCCUCUGAUAAUGAACAAAAUAAAUCAGUGGAACAGUUAUUAGAAGAAACGCAACCCAAAAAGAAGGAAUCACAUGUAAAAAUAUUGGGAGAUGUGGUAAUAAAGCCAAUGAGGAUACAAGAGGCUCAAUCUAAUAUAAAUGAACAUCUUAGCAUAUUCAAUAAAAACGUAAUAGGCAAGAAAAAUUUGAAUUUAGUUAAAAGGACUAUGAGUGAAUCUAGUUCUUCAGACUCUUCAUCUUCAUCAGACAGUGAAAGUGUAUGGAAUGAAAGCACAAAUGAAACUGUCAUAAUGAAUAAAAAUGAAUUGAAUGAAGAACCAUCUCAAACUGUAAGACCUUACAGUCUGAGAAGAAGAAUUAGUACAACUCAAUCUAAACCACCUGAGAAUCCAGUACCUCGAAGUCGUACUAAUAGUACCCAAGUCAAAGAAUUAAAAUUUAAAAACAAAAACACGACGGAUAUCAACACUAUAAUUAAUUCUGUACCGGUAUCAUCUGGUGGAUUAACUUCAAAUCCAGUUAAAGUACUUUCUUCACAAGAAAUCAUACUACAAGAACUUAAAGAAAAACGAGAAAGAGUUGUGUCAAUGUUUAAAAAUGAGAAAAAGGAACACGAAAAAAAGGUACCAAACAAAAAGGCAAAGCCAUUAAGAGCAAUUAAACAAGUUAAAAAGAAAGAUCUCCGUAAGAGUCCAAGAAAGGCUGAAACACCAAAGAAAGUUGUUACAAGAAGUUCUAUUUUGAGAAAAUGUAAAUCUAAGAGUAAAUCACCAAUUAAGGCUGAUAAGAGUUUUACCAACGAUUUUUUUCUGACGUCGGACGAAGAAAAUGAAGAGAAUGAUUUUGACAACGUUAAACAUCACAAGCCCCAAGAGAAUCCACAAAAAACUGAAGAAAAAACAGGCACGGCGUCUGAUACGGAGGCCGAGAAGUUGGUAAUAGGAUUAAAGCAACGUGGAAUCCAUCUUAUGUACAACAAAUCUCCAAAGAUUUCUAAACUCAAAUCAGUAGAAUCUAAUGCAAUCGUGAAAAGCAAUGCAGAAUGUAAUAAUAAGGAAAAGAGGGAUGACUGCAAUGAAGAAAUGAAUGAACCACAUAAUGAUUUAAAUCAUCCUUUAAAGGAAAGACUGAAAAUGUCCCCCAAUAUAUUUAAUCCGAAUAAAAAAGAUUCUGAAAUUAGUUGCUCUUCAACGCCUUUGAAAGUUAAUCUCAAGGAAAAUAUAAAUUCUGCUUGUGAAAGCAAUAAACAACUUUCAUCAACUUUUAAUACUUCCAAUGAAUCGAGUGAAAAUGACGCAGAUACUUUGAGUGUUGUGGAUUUUGGUGAAGAAACACAAAUAAGUUAUAAAUUUAAUUAUGACAAAACAAUUGAGCCUAAAGCCUUUGAUUUAGAUGUGUUAUCUAAAAAGAUUUUUGCAAAUGUGUACAUGGAGGAAGCAGGUGUUGAUGUUCCCAUAAAAAUAUCCUGCACUUCCCACAUGGACUUGCUGGAUAUACCUUCAAAGAUUCGCAUACCAAAGAGGGCUAAAGAAAGGAAAGAAGAUAAAAUUUCGGUCAAGGCAGAUGAAGAAAGUAAAGAUAAAGCCUACUCCAAAGAUGUUAAACUAAAACAAACUGCCUGCGUAGAUGAAUCCAGUGAACAUGCAAAAAUUGACGACGAUCUUAUGAAUUACGCUGUUGUGGGUUCAGAUGAGCCAUCAAGUGACUCUUCAGUUAGGAACACACGUAAGCGCAAACCAAGAUCGGAAGAAAACACACAGGUGAAAAAGAAAAGCAAAGCUUGCGAAAAGAUUCUAAAUCUAAAACAUAUAGAUGUAGAUACUUUCUUAAACAAACUACAUGGACAAAGUUAACAAUUUAAUUUUAAUUACGUACAAAAUAUAGUUGUUGUUUCACGUCAAGACGUGAUUAUAGUAUGAUAUUAUUUAUUUGUUAUUAUAAUUUUAUACAGAUUAGUUUGUGAAUAAAGUUUUAUGGUUUUACGCA